AUGCCAACAUCUCCAACCGCCCCGACACCAUCUCGCGACGCCAUAAUCCCGAUCUCCAACCUCGACGCCCGCGUCCCCAAGACCCCAAAACGCAUCACCUUCAGAUCAGCAACGCGAACAUCCUCCUCCCACGAUCACCAGUCUGAAAAGCCUCCUCCCUCCAUCCGAACCCUGAUCCAGAAACUCAACUUCCCGGACGCCCCCUCGAUCCCCGCAUUCGUGCGCUCGCAGUGGCGCAACGUGCUGCUGCUGCUUCUCACGGGCAUAAUCCCGCUGGUCAUCGCGCUGCGGGCGGCGCCACUGACGCCAAAGUACUUCCGACUGGACGAUCCGAGGUAUGCGUAUCCGAGGGUGGACGAGUUCGUUCCGACGUGGCUGUCGCUCGUGGUGUCGUUCUUGAUUCCCGUGGUGGUCAUCGUACCGAUAUCUCUGUUUCUGAUUGGGAAUUUCUGGGACUGCAACGCUGCUAUCCUAGGCUACACCUACGCCCUCACGACCUCGACCCUAACCCAAAGCCUCAUCAAACUCUUCAUCGGCGGCCUGCGCCCGAACUUCUACGCCAUCUGCGCGCCCUUCCCGUCCACCCCGUCCUCCCCGCUCGAAUACCACACCUCCACACAGCUCUCCAACGCCCUCAUGUCCUUUCCGUCCGGCCACUCCUCCGCCGCCGCCGCAUCCUUCACCUUCCUCGCCCUCUACCUCAACGCCAAGUUCAAGAUCGUCGCGGACCACCCAGCACGAUACUGGCAGCACCUCCUCCUCACGGCCCCGCUCAUCGUAGGCGCCCUCAUGGCCCUCAGCAAGGUCGCGGACUACUGGCACCACUGGCACGACGUCCUCGCCGGCUACGCAAUCGGCACUGCGUUCGCUCUGCUGUCCUACCGCCAGGCGUACCGCGGCGUCUUCGACUACAGGCUCAAUCACAUCCCGUUCGUCUUGUUGCCUGUCAUCCUGGACUCCGAUCAUCCUCCAUCGACGGCGACGAUGACCGCAGUGCAGAUCCCCGAGGAGGAAGAAGGUGAAAGGAAAGACGCCGCCCCCACCCCCGCACAGGAGGUUACAAUGGCACUCAGACGAGACCUCACGGCCAUUGACUUCGCGGGCUGGCGAAACAUGCACUCCUCCCCCUUCUUCCCUGAGGAACGAACAUAA